AACGAAUGAGGCCAACAUGUGAGACCGAGGUCGCAAAGCAUACUCGGGAUGGUUUCCCUAUGCGGUAACCUGGCCGAGCUCGAUAGGCACGUCGAUGUGCUCAUUGGAAGCUGAUUGCAGGCAGGUAACAUUGUAGUCCAACUCUAUUACUCCCAUCAAUCUUCAAAUAGCUGGCGAUUCCCUGCCGUCGACAAAAAUCAUCACAUUUGUUCAGCUAUGACUACAAUGGAGCCAAUUCCACAACCAGCAGGCUUGCCCUUUCUUGGGAACGUAUUGAGUAUCGAUGCCGCACACCCUCAGGAAAGCUUGGCCAACAUAGCCCAGCUGUACGGACCUAUCUUCAAGCUCAAGAUAGGAGCGGAACGUAUUUUUGUCGCCUCCCACGAGCUAGCGAAAGAUCUGUUCGAUGAAGAGAAGUUCGAGAAAGCAGUUGCUGGUCCUCUAAAGGAGAUCCGCCAUGGAGUCAAAGAUGGUUUGUUCACUGCCCAGCCGGGUGAGCACAAUUGGGAGAUCGCCCACCGCAUCCUUAUGCCAGCAUUUGGGCCGCUGUCAAUUGAGUCCAUGUUCAACGAGAUGGCAGAUGUCGCAUCUCAACUUGUACUGAAGUGGGCCAGAUUUGGUCCCCACAGUGCGAUUGAUGUUACGGACGACUUUACUCGACUGACUCUUGAUUCUAUCGCUCUGUGCGCCAUGGGCGAUCGCUUCAAUUCUUUCUACCACGAUGACAUGCACCCAUUCGUCAAAGCCAUGCUGGGCUUACUCACAGGCGCUGGCGCUCGAGCUCGACGACCAGGCUUUGCUCCGGAAAUGCUCUAUAGCAAGAGCAACCAACAAUUCCACGAUGACAUCGAUGAACUCCAGACAGUUGCCAAACAACUUUUGGAUGAGCGUCGCAAGCACCCGUCCGACAAGAAGGAUCUAUUGAACGCAAUGAUCAACGGCAGAGACAGCAAAACUGGCGAACAGCUUCCGGAAGAAGUAAUCAUCCGAAACAUGAUUACCUUCCUCAUAGCAGGUCACGAAACCACAUCUGGACUGCUGUCAUUCCUUUUCUACGAGUUACUUUCCAACCCCGAAGCCUACAGCGCAGCGCAGAAGGAGGUCGAUGAUAUUAUAGGAAAGCAGAAGAUCACUUUGGACCUUCUGUCGAAGCUGCCAUACAUUAAUGCUUGUCUGCGCGAAACUUUGCGCCUCCACCCGACAGCGCCCGGGUUUGCGCUGACGGCCAAAGAAGACCAAGUGCUGGGUGGAAGGUACAGAGUCAAGAAAGGAGACGUCUGCGUCGCCGUACUCCCGCUUAUACAUCGUGAUGCAGCUGUCUACGGUGAGGACGCGGAAGCCUUCAAGCCGGAACGCAUGCUCGAUGAACCUUUUGGCAAAUUGCCACCCCACUCAUGGAAGCCCUUCGGUAAUGGUAUGAGAGCCUGCAUUGGCCGGCCUUUCGCUUGGCAAGAAGCUCUUCUUUGCGUGGCUACCUUGCUCCAGACCUUCCGUUUCCGCUUAGCCGAUCCUUCAUACACGCUUCAGAUCAAGACCACAUUGACAAUUAAGCCCGAUAGCUUCCGCAUGAAAGCAGAGUUGAGGGAUCCUGACAUGAUCGAGGAAUUGGUGGGGAGCAUAGGUGCAUCUUCCAAUGCUGGACACAAGAAACAGCACAAGCAACAUGACACUGCCGAGGCCGAUCCUAACGCCGCUCCCCUGUUGGUUCUGUACGGAUCAAACACUGGAACCUGCGAGGCACUCGCUCAAUCCCUCAGUUCUAGUGCGGCAAGGCACGGUUACAAAGCGAAGGUGGCUACCAUGGAUUCACUCGCAUCUGGCAUGCCCAAAGACAUCCCUGCAGUCAUCAUCACAGCCAGUUACGAAGGUCAGCCUCCCGAUAACGCUUCCCACUUCUGUAACUGGCUUGAGAAGGCCGACAGAAAAGAGCUCAAAGGUGUCAGAUAUUCGGUGUUUGGCGUGGGUAAUAAGGAAUGGGCGAGCACUUACCAACGCAUACCUACCGUCGUCGACUCUACUUUAGCGGAGAAAGGCGCCGAGCGUCUAGCCGAUCGAUUUGCAGCCGAUGUCACUGAUGGCAGCGUCUUUGACAAGUUCGAUAAAUGGCAGGAUGAGCAAUUUUGGCCUGCCAUGUCCAAAGCGUUCGGCGAGAAAGGCAGCUCCGUAGAGCAGUCACAAAGCGACGCAAGCGAGCUGAAAGUAGAGAUUGAUCUUCAAUCUCGUUCGAACCUCUUGAGGCAGAACAUGCAGGUCGCCGAAGUUCGUGAUACACGUCUACUCACCAAACCUGGAGCUCCGCGCAAGCGUCAUAUCGCUUUGAACCUUCCAACAGGUCUUACGUACAAGACUGGCGACUACCUAGCCGUGCUGCCACAUAACCCAAUCGAGAAUGUUCGUCGUGUAAUGAGGAGAUUGCGUAUGCCAUGGGACGCUACACUGAAGAUCGAAGAAGGCUCUGCAACCUCAUUGCCUACCGGUAUUGCGAUCCCCGUGUACGAUAUCCUGUCAGGUAUGGUAGAGCUUGCACAGCCCGCCACUUCUCGCGCUGUUCAGAUGAUCGCCAAGACGAUCCCAGAGGAAGCUGCGUCCAAAGAGCUUGCAAAUCGAGCUGGUGACGAAAGCUUCCAGAAGAACAACAUCAGCGUCUUAGACAUCCUGGAGGAGUACCCAACAGCCGAGUUUUCUAUUGGACAAUUCCUCGGAGCCGUUCCUCCCAUGAGAGUCCGUCAGUACAGUAUCUCCUCCUCGCCCCUUGAGAAGGAGAAUGUCGCCAGCCUUACAUGGUCUGUUAUCGACGCUCCCGCUAAAGGCAGAGGUGAAGGUCGUCAUUUCGAAGGUGUGUCCAGCAACUUUCUUGAGAGACUUUCGCCCGGAGAUCGCGUCCAGAUAAGUCACCGAGCAAGUCGUACCGGCUUCGGUCUACCAAAGGACGACGAGUCACCCAUCAUCAUGGCAUGUGCAGGUACAGGUCUUGCUCCCUUCCGUGCCUUUGUGGCCGAGCGCGCUCUCAAGAAGGCGGCUGGUAAGAAGGUCGGUGCUGCGCUGCUAUUCUAUGGUCUCAAUGCCCCAGAUGAAGACGACAUGUACCGUGAGGAAUUUGGUGCAUGGGAGAAGGCUGGCGUAGUCGACGUUCGCAGAGCAUUCACUCACGCGUCCGAAAAAUCCUGUGGCGCGCGUUUUGUGCAGGAUCGUAUCUGGCACGAUCGCAAAGAUGCCAUCGAGAUGUUCAAGCAGAAUGCGUCUCUCUACCUUUGUGGUGCGGGUGUAGUGGGAACCGGUAUCGCCGAGGUCAUGAAGAAGAUCAGAAUGGAGUACCAUGGAGGCAGCGAGGAAGAAGCCGCUGAGUGGGUUUCAAAGCUAAAUGGUGAGCGCUACUGGGCAGAUGUGUUUGCGUAGUGAUACCAAGAUAUUGUAUUGCUUUCUAGAGAACUGUUUCGUAAUGAACUUUCCCUCAACAACACCGUG